AUGACAGUCGGUGUGCCGCAUGCACAGGCCUCUUCUCCAGUCGAGGCCUGCAAGAGCUCCAGUCUGAGGACGGCUACGCUCACCGCACACGCCAAGAGGCCGAGGCUUCAGCCAAAGAGGGCUGCGCGUUAUGAUCCUCUCGCCACGCUCAUUCCGCGACGACCAGUACAACGAGACGUUCAGAGCGCUGCUGUCUUUGCCGCUGCCCGGAAGCUCAUCCACGCCUGUCUCAGGCCGGACAAACCCAGCGAGGGCCAUCAACUAUGCCGUUACUCUAGAGACACCAUCCUUCCCACUCGAGUCUUGUAUGUCGGGAAUUCCCGUGAUCCCGACUCUCCUGUGCGGCUGCAGGUCAACGAGGUUGAGACCCCUGGCGAAUACUUGGCCCUGAGCUACUGCUGGGGGAAGCCAAGUCCGGAACCAGCAUUUCAACCGCUCUUGUUACGGAGAAAUAGUUUGCAUGAUCUGACAUCCCAGAUCCUGCCCAGAAGUUUGCAACAGUCUAUCCGCGACGCUAUCUGUGUCACCCGGAAGCUUGGCUACAAAUACCUCUGGGUCGACGCCUUGUGCAUCAUUCAAGACGACAAGAAGGACAAAGAUCAAGAGAUUUCUAGGAUGGCUACCAUCUACAAGAAUGCCGUUAUCACGUUGGCGGCCGGCACCGCGGAAAGCGCAUCUGAAGGCUUUUUAGGCAACCCGGCCUCAAAACCCGAGGCUUAUCUGCCUGAGUACAAGUUCCAGAUCCCCAUGGAGCAUGAAGGUCAGAUGGGCAAUGUGUACCUCUCAGCUGGGCCCUACGCACCUGAUCACCCACUGGACAAGCGUGGUUGGACCCUCCAAGAAUUCAUGCUGUCUUCUCGCAUGCUCAUCUUCUCCGACUACCAACUCCUGUGGCAGUGCAAGGAAGCCGAGCUACGGAGUGUGACGGGUGACAACCGCGGGUUGGAGUAUCAACAACCGCUGGAAUCUCUGCCUUGGACAAUCUUCGAUGAAGAAGAGGAGGGCCGGUUUGGAACAUCCGGCAGUGAGAAGCUGUACAUGUGGAAGACCAUCAUCCGCCAGUACACCGAAAGGAACUUAUCAGACCCAAAUGAUAGGCUACGGGCCGUUUCAGGGGUAACCACAGAGUUGGAAAAGCUCUGGCGAGACUCCAACAUCUGGGGUUUAUGGCGACAGUGGUUCAUUCCCUUGUUGGCAUGGUACAAGGAAAAGGCUGACAGGGUCGAUGAAAGAAAUCUCAGCCUAGCUCCAAGCUGGUCUUGGGCCUCUCUCGGCGGCGUAGUUCGUUACCAAAAUCCGGUAGACGUUACUAUAGACGUUGAAGAUGCCGAGAUAAAGACACUGACAGCCGCAAGCGUGGUACUAUCCUGCAGGACUCUCAACGCUGACGAUGCCGCCAACGUGUCCGUUUCGGAGCGGCCAGAUCUUGCGCGCAAGGCUUGGAGUGAGGAAGUAGGAGAUAAUGACCUUUUUUAUCUUUUGCUAGGUACCGCGAAAGGUGAAGAUCAUGGCGGCGAAGGAUUAGGAAUAGGACUCCUUGUGAUCCAAGUCCCCAGCGGUCAUUACCGACGAAUUGGACUGGUGGUGUUUCCCGACAUGUCAAUCUGGAAGAGCAGAAAGGUCAAACGGCGAACUGUUGAGUUUGAACCAAAGCAAUGA